AUGCAAACUAUUUUGCUGACUCUAAUUGCUUCCGUUCUCUCUGUUAAUGCAAAAAGUGUGAUUCUCUCAGAAGAAUAUCCUUCUUAUGCAUUUCACGGAGUUCGAUUGAGUGACUACAAGGAAAUUUCCAUAAAUAGUGAAGGAUCGGCCAUCACAUUUCUCAUCGAUUACACGCAGAUUGGGUGUAAGAAAACGAUCGACAAUGUCUGUCAAGAUGACGCUCCUUUCAACAUCAACGAAAAUGUACCAACUCUAACAAAUUGCAAUUCAGUAUCAUUUGAGAAACCAUCAAAAACUAUUCUCUAUUAUUGCUCGUUUAAAAUAGAAGCUGAACAAGUAGUGAUCGGUUCGGUGAAAAGCCCGGCAACCACUGAUUUUGCUCUCUCGAUUCGGGUACAAGAAUGGGUGGCUGAUCAAAAACUUUUACUCAUUCCGGCAAGCACUUCGAAAAUCCCUCCACCACCGGAACAAAUUAUAAAAAUCAACAGCGAUUGGGUGAACGAAACAUGUGAUGGAAUGUUUACGGCUAAUGCCUUUUUUAGCUCAUUUCCGAGUCUAGACCUUGCUGAUCGUUAUGCACUUCGAAACGACGUAUCCUUUGCAUCAAGAACUUCAGCAGUGACCAUUUUGGGGAAAGCUGGAUGUGCUUUUUGUCUAACAUUCCAGCAACAACAAGAUACAAAAGCUGGUACAAUCCCGCUGGAACUCGACGGUUCCCGCCUUUCAUCUUACAAUUAUCCAUGGCCCCUUGACGAUUCACAAGAGUUCCCGAAAUGUCAACAAUUUAAACCACAAUGGUUAUCAACAACGACAAAACAACAAGAAGAUGUUUCUGCGAAAAUCGAGUUGCUUGAGGGUGGAACACUUACAUUCUUUACUUUCAAAGAUUCAACAUCGCCUCUUCUUGGAAAGUGCCAGAAAAUGACUCCUUUAGUUAAUUUGAGUUUGGCCGAAGUACCGGAUCGAGUGCUUACUUUCAAAGCUGAGUGCUUAUCGAUCUCAUUUUGUCCUGAUGAUCCAUUGCCGAAACGUUUCGGUUUCGUAAUGCAUUUGAGUGAGACAAAGCUCGACCCGAAAAGUGUUACUUGCUCUCGUCGUUUCACACUCACUGAUCAAGAGCCACAAGCCAUUUUUCAUGCUGAAUCUCUGAGAAAUGCUGAAGCCUCCAACAAUCCAAUUUGUAUCAGCGACAAAAGCGCCUCUGCAUCGACAAAAGGAAAGAUGAUUGCUGAGAUUUCUGUUCUCUGUUAUGAGGAAAAUUUGGAAUCAUGCUUAAACGGAUCACCAUUUCUUUUGAAUGGAAAUCCAUUUGACAUACAAGAUGAAUCGAUUGUG